CUCCGACUUUUUGGGUGGUCUAGGGCAGGCUGGGUCUCUGCAGAGCUCCCCCGCUGCUGGGCAGCAGCUACGUCCCAAACUGCAGUGCUGCUGUGCCUCUGCGUGGCAUUUCUGCCUUGCCUGCUAGGGCUCCCACUCUGCAACAUGUCAGACUGGCUCGUAUGCUGCAAGUAAUGCCCGGGAUCGGGAAGCAAACAACAGCCUCGCAGGCUCUAUGUGCACGGGUUUGGGGGGAGGAGGGAGGCUUUCAGGAAGAAAAGUCGCUCCGAUCGCCAGCUCUGCCCCCAUCUGUUUACUGCCUUCCUGAUUCACCUUGGCUCAGCAUCAGAGCCCGAGUCAAGCCAAGCUGAGCGCUGCUCUCGGGAGGGGGAGACGCUGCAGCUGGGGGCUCUCUCGGGGAAGUUGAGCGCAGACUGCGGAUCGCCCGUGGGGCUGGGUUUACUUCUGCAGAGGGCUGAGAGAAGUUGGCGGGGUAAGUCCCCAUUGCACCGGGGCUGGGGGGUUGCUAGUGUGAGGUUCCCCCCGCCUCUGGGGGUGAAUUUGAGGCAUCGGUACAUUUGGCUCCGUUGCAGCCUUUCCUGGGCGGUGGAUUUUGGCUCCCUGUAAUUUUCCCAAGCGGCUGGGGGGGGAGCGAGCUGGUGAGUAGGAGGGAGCGGAGAAGAAUGACAUAUUGUCUGGGAAGGGAGGGAGGGAGCCCGGCCUCCCCAUUGGAGCAGGCGGGCGUGACGCGCGGGGCCGCGGCUGGCUAUUUGAGGCAGGAGGCGGAGGGAAGCGGACACACACACGGAGGGGGCAGCGCACAGGCGGGAGGACACGGGCGCCCGGCCCCGCUGCAGAACCACAACCAGGCAGGGAGGCGGCCCCAAGGGCAGCGCCCGCUCAUCGCCGGGGAGACGUGCCGAGCGGCCCUGGCCUUUCGGACGCACGGUCGCUGCGCGGGGCGCGGACCCAAACACCGGCCCCGGGGGCAUCUGCUCAGAGCAGGACUGAAUCUGGGAAAGUUUCGUUCCGCGGGCAGCGCGGCGGGAUUUACAGCGGCCGCCUCCCCUCCCGUGCGGAGGAAUCACACGGCGUGGACUGGAGACCGCAGGCAGGGUUUGUUCGGCCCUUGGAUAAAAACCGGGGCUGGGAACUUGCUGGUCUCUCUGCAGAUGUUUAACCCUUGCCCGGAAGAAGGAUCCGAGUCGCCUUUCAAAGAGGAUCCAGUGGUUGGCGGCAGCUCAGCGCGGGCUGGGCUUUAACUCUUGGAGGCUUUGUGGAUUGACUCUGCUGCUCCUCCUUUUGGGGAAACUCUUUGCCUGUAUCCCUCCUGGGGUCUUCCUUUGCAAUCCUGCCUGUGGUCUUGAGGCUGGGACCUUCAAGCAAAGAGACCUUAAAGAAGUCCAAAAAGAGUGUGAGGUCCAACGGCAAGGUGCCAGCAUGCUAUGAAAUAGUGCCCCUGUCCCUAAAGAAGAAGAUGGCUGCAGAGCUUUACCCUGCCAGCGCUAACACCAAUAUUGCAAACAGUAAUAACGCUGCUGCUGCUGCCACUGUUGCUGCCAAUAGCAAGAAAAACGCCCUUCAGCUUCAGCAGAGUGCCCAGCCGCCGCCACCACCACAACUGCAAAACCUGAACAACAACAAUUUGGAGAGCUCCAACUGGCAAUCCUUCCACCCCACCCUGCGGGAGAGGAACGCAUUGAUGUUCAAUAACGAACUUAUGGCUGAUGUACAUUUUAUCGUAGGCCCCCUGGGGGCAUCAAAGAAAGUUCCUGCCCAUAAGUAUGUUUUGGCAGUUGGUAGCUCUGUCUUCUAUGCUAUGUUUUAUGGUGAUCUUGCAGAGGUCAGAUCUGAAAUCCAUAUACCAGAUGUGGAACCUGCAGCCUUUCUAAUCUUAUUAAAGUAUAUGUAUAGUGAUGAGAUUGACCUGGAAGCUGACACAGUGCUUGCUACUCUGUAUGCUGCCAAGAAGUAUAUCGUCCCAGCCUUAGCAAAGGCUUGCGUCAAUUUUCUGGAGACUAGUUUAGAGGCUAAAAAUGCUUGUGUUCUGCUGUCUCAGAGCAGACUCUUUGAGGAGCCAGAAUUGACGCAGCGCUGCUGGGAAGUAAUUGAUGCUCAAGCAGAAAUGGCAUUGAAGUCAGAAGGCUUCUGUGAAAUUGAUCAACAAACAUUAGAGAUCAUUGUAACCAGGGAAGCACUAAACACUAAGGAGGUGGUAGUUUUUGAGGCUGUUCUUAAUUGGGCAGAGGCUGAAUGCAAAAGACAAGGGCUACCAAUUACACCAAGGAACAAGAGGAAUGUAUUAGGAAAAGCUUUAUAUUUGGUGCGGAUUCCAACUAUGACUUUGGAGGAGUUUGCCAAUGGAGCUGCUCAGUCUGACAUCCUUACCCUUGAGGAAACGCAUAAUAUAUUCUUGUGGUAUACAGCUGCAAAUAAACCCAAGCUAGAAUUUCCACUGACAAAAAGAAAAGGACUUGUACCUCAAAGAUGCCAUCGAUUUCAAUCCUCUGCAUAUCGUAGUAACCAAUGGAGGUACAGAGGUCGCUGUGACAGUAUUCAAUUUGCUGUAGAUAAAAGGAUAUUCAUAGCCGGACUAGGCUUGUAUGGGUCAAGCUGUGGUAAAGCUGAAUACAGCGUCAAAAUUGAACUUAAGCGUCUAGGAAUUGUUCUUGCUCAAAAUCUGACAAAGUUCACCUCUGAUGGAUCCAGUAAUACUUUCUCUGUGUGGUUUGAACACCCUGUGCAGGUUGAGCAAGACACAUUUUACAAUGUAAGUGCCAUUCUUGAUGGCAAUGAACUUAGUUAUUUUGGGCAAGAGGGAAUGACUGAAGUACAAUGUGGAAAAGUAACAUUCCAAUUCCAGUGCUCCUCAGAUAGUACCAAUGGAACUGGAGUACAAGGAGGACAAAUACCUGAACUCAUUUUCUAUGCAUGAUGCAUUUCACUUUGAUUGUAUUCCACACUAAAGGAUGUUUUGAUUACUACAAAACUCUACAGCAGUGUGGAAUGUUACACUACUUACUUAUCUAUUACAUCCAGCUAUCAAAAUAAGUGAAGGAAUGCUCUUGAAUUUAAUCUUAUUUUAUUUAUUCAUAAGAUAUUUGACUUAAUUAAAACUGCAACAUGCAGAAAAAUGUUAAUUCUGCACGUAUUGUGCAUUUAUUUUGUAUAUAGAUAACUAACUUGCAGACUGCAGCUGAUUCAAGCAGGAUGUUCUAAACUAGAGCAAUUUAUGAAUCUGUGAAAUAGAAAACAUUUUUACUUGCCCUAAAACCUGUGUACUUGAUCAUUGCUGAUUUUAUGGCUACUGUCCAUGUUAAUAUAUCUGUAGUACAGUUUAGUGGUGGGACUCCUAAGAAAAUGAUAAACAGAACAUUCAGACUACUGUGUUUGUCUAUAAAAGGCAUAACUAUCAGCACAAAUAUAGAGAUUGCUUUGCAAGGUAACUAAAGCUCUCCACAAACAGGCAGACUAUACCGUUUCUUCCCUUCUCUGAGGUAAUGUAUAAGGAAGCACCAUCUUCUUAAACUUCCGUGAUAAAGCAGAAGGGUUUGAGCGACAGUAAAGUGAUUUAAAAACA